AUGCGCCUCCUGCUGCUGCUGAUCCUGCCUGGUCUUUGCUGCCCUGCAACAAACACACAAGGCGCUCUGCUGGCCUCUGGGCGGCGUUUCACAUUUCUUAGCAGCAGCAGCAUGCUCAGCAGCAGCAGCAGCAGCAGCAGCAGAAAGAGCAACAGCAGCAGCGAGCAGCCAGCGUGGCUCUUUGGCACUCGGGCUGUGCGAGCUGCAGCAAACGAAGUGACUCUCUCAGCUCUUCCCGAAGGCUGCAGCACGGCAGCGGCAGCAGCACCAAGAGCAGCAACAGCACUAAUAGCAGCAGCAACAGCAGCAGCAGCAGCACCAGUACCAGCAGCAACUGCAGCACUAGGAGCAAGCUCGCAGGGGCUGCGACAAGCAGCAGCAGCCACAGCAGCACCGACAUCAGCAGCAGUGGCAAGCUCGCAAGGGCCUCCGAAGACUGCAGCAGCAGCAGCAACAGCAGCAGCAGCAGCAGCAGGGAGCAGUUUUGAUGUGCUGGUCUUGACCUCCCCAGAGGCUGUGCGGCACUUUUUCCUUUGCUGCAGCGAUGCCGGCGUAGCAGCAGCAGAUGUGCUGCUGCAGCCGAAGCAGCAGCAGCAGGUGCUGGUUGCGGCUGUGGGCAACGCAACGGCAAGGGAGUUCAAAGAGCACUUCCGUGCUGCUGCUGCUGCUGCUGCUGCUGCUGCUGCUGCUGCUUCUCCAGCAAGGGUUUCUGGACGCAGCGACGAGCAACCCCAGCAGCAGCAGCAACAGCAGCAGCAGCAGCAGCACGGCGGAGAUGCUGCUGUCCGUUUCCCGCGUCUCUUUGUUUCUACUGAGGCCUCUGGAGCUGCUCUUGCGGAUCAGCUGGGUGCAUUAGUUUCACAAGAAGCAGCAGCAGCAGCAGCAGCAACAACUGCGGCAGCAGCAGAAGCAGCAGCAGCUGCAGCAGAAGCAGCAGCAGCAACAGCAGAAAGGCUGUCUGCGUGCUGCAGUGACUGCGGCCGGCCGCUCUGUCGAGUGCUGUGGCCGUCUUCGGCCUUAGCAGAAAAUCACUUCACCAGCUGCCAGGCCCACAGCAGCAGCAGCAGCAGCAGCAGCAGCAGCAGCAGCAGCAGCAGCCGUGCUGCUGGUCCUGUUUGCUGGCGGGUCACCAAGAGGGCCAUAUACACGACGGCCCACCGCAAGCUGCAGCAAACGACGCGGGCUGAGCUGCUGCGCCUCCUGAGCAGCAGACAUCUCCCAAACUGCAGCAGCAGCAGCAACAGCAGCAGCAGCAGCAACAGCAGCAGCAGCAACAGCAGCAAUGGGGGGAAACCCGGUGGCUGCGGCGUGGCGGUCAUGUUCGGAAGCCCUUCAGCUGUGCGCGCAUGGGCAGAGACCAACCGCCUCCCCCUUUGCUGCAGCAGCAGCAGCAGCAGCAGCAGCAGCAGCAGCAGCAGCAAAAACUGCAACUGCCUUGUGGCCGUCUGCAUCGGGGAAACAACUGCUGCAGCAGCACGAGCAGCGGGCUUCCCUCAAGUCAUCUCACCGCAGCAGCCUGGACUUGCUGGCUGGCUGGAGUGUCUAUACACUGCAGUGGGGGCGCCGCAGCAGCAGCACGGACAGCAGCAGCAGCAGCUGCAGCAGCAACAGCAGCAGCUGCAGCAGCAACAGCCGCAGCCGCACCCGCAGAAAAAACAGCAGCAGCAGAGUGCUGAAGCAAGUAAUCCAAGGCCUCUGGUGAUCAUAACGCGCACAGAGGCCCAGACAGCAGAGCUGCUGCUGCUGCUGCAGCAGCAGCAGCAGCUGCAGCAGCAGCAGCAGCUGCUGCUACCCAAGCCUCCGGGGCCUAGGGACUUUGCUAAAACUGACCUGCUGCUGCACCCUUUUGCUGCUGGUGCCUUCGACGUGCUGCCGCUGCCCCUCAUAAUGACACAAGGAGACGGCGAGCAGCAGCAGCAGCAGCAGCGCCUUCUGCAGCAGCAGCUACAGGCAGCUGCGCGCAGACACAAGCUUGGGCUCAUGUUCGAGUUGCUGCUGCUGCUGCUGCUGCAGUUAGCAGCAGCAGCAGCAGCAAGGCAAAUUCACGAAUGGGUUUCUCUCUGCAAGAAGGCAGGAACUUCCUUUUCAACAUCCUGA